AUGCAUCAAAAAUAAAACGCUAUUUAACAUUCUAAAUCCCAAUAAUAAUAGUAAAUAAAAUCAAACAUAAACAAAAAAAAUAUUGAUUAAAAAAAUGAAAAAUCAUCACUAUUAUAAAUCAAAACACUCUAACAGGAAAAACCUUCAAAUUAUAAAAUUUAUUACCUUAAAUAUUUUACAAAACCUGUGAUGUAUAAUAUAGCCAUUUUUCUAAAUUUCAAAGAAAUUUCCGUUAUGAGAAGAGUAAAUGUCUAAUUUAAUUAAACAUUUAUUUCAUGUUUACCAAUCUUUAAGUAGUUUUAUAAUUAACAACACAAUAUAUAAACUGAUUUGCUUAAAUCUAACAUGUUUUAUAAUCAUGUACCCCAAUUAUUAGAAGUUGAUUAUGAAGAAUUUAGAUCUGGAUUUUAAAAUGAAUUUUUAUAUACCUGCCCUGAUAUUAUCAAUAAAUUUUACUUAUAAUGUAUAGAAUUAAUGGUGAAAGUACUUCUAUCAGACUUACCUAAGUGGAAAUUUGCUAAGUACACUUAUGAAAUGAAAGCUAAACUUAUAGAUGAAAAAUUAAAAAUGAAAGAAAAAAUUAUAAAUUUUUAUGAUCUUACAGAUAAAUAAGUCGAAAUCAUUAAAAAUGAAGCUCAUACUUUCAAUUUCUAAUUUAAUAGAAUCAAAUGCUUAUUCUGCCCUCUUUCAAAUUUUGUAUAAAACUUAUUUAUUAUCACUGAAUCAGCAAAUUACAAAGAACUUAAAAAACUAAAAUAAAUUGAACAUCGUAUCAAUCAGAUACAAAAUUUCCUAAAUACAUAUUUUAGGAAUUAAUGA